CCUGGUUUCCCAGCAGGCCCCGAGGUUGCUACGGUAACGUAGCCCUCCCUUCCCUCCUCCCAUGAUGCACCGCGCCGGCUCCCAGUCCCCCUAGUGCGCCGCCAUGUUGUCGGAGUGAGAGGCAGAGGUAGGGAGACGGCUUCGGGGGAAGAGAGAGACACUGACCCAAUCCGACUCCAUCCUCCCGCUCCGCCCGUGUUGGUGGAAUGAGCGUUGCAUGUGUCUUGAAGAGGAAAACCGUUCUCUGGCAGGACUCCUUCAGCCCCCACCUCAAACAGUACCCAGAAGGAACCCUUAACCACAAUAUGCCCGUGGUCCUUACCUCUGGACCGGUGGGCCAGCAGCAGCCACUGCAGCCCCCCACUCAUUCUGCCUUGGCAACAGGACCCCAUGCCAGCCCUGUGGGGGGCUCUAUGGGAGUGGCUGGACGUUCACAGGAUGACGCCAUGGUGGAUUAUUUCUUCCAAAGGCAGCAUGGGGAGCAGCUUGGAGGUGGCGGGAGUGGUGGAGGAGGUUACAAUAAUAGCAAGCAUCGCUGGCCCACUGGUGAUAACAUCCACGCAGAGCAUCAGGUUCGUUCAAUGGACGAGCUAAAUCAUGAUUUUCAAGCACUUGCAUUGGAAGGAAGAGCAAUGGGAGAACAACUGUUGACGGGCAAAAAAUUUUGGGAACCUGAUGAUUCAAACAAGGAUGGACCAAAAGGCAUUUUUCUUGGGGACCAGUGGCGAGAGAGCACAUGGGGGGCUUCAGAUCAUUCAGUUUCCCAACCAAUUAUGGUGCAGCGGAGGCCUGGCCAAGGCUUUCAUGUCAGCAGUGAGGUGAACUCUGUUCUAAGCCCUCGAUCUGAGAGUGGUGGCUUGGGUGUCAGCAUGGUAGAAUAUGUGCUUAGCUCCUCGCCUGGAGACUCAUGCCUGCGGAAAGGAGCCUUUGGUCCACGAGACACAGAGGGAGAUGAAAAUGAGAAGGUGGACAAAAAAAACAAAGGUGUCUAUGAGGGGGACAAAUUAGGAGAUCUAAAAGAGGAAGUAGACAGCAUGGAUAAAUCCAAUGGCUUACCAGUCCAAAAUGGGAUUGAUGGAGAUGUAAAGGAUUUCAGCCGUACACCAGGAAACUGUCAAGCCUCAUCAAAUGAAGUAGACCUCCUUGGGCCCAGCCAGAAUGGCUCAGAAGUGCUUGCCCAAUUGACUAAUAACAAUAGUGCCAAACCAGUAGAGGAUUUUGGUGGCAUUGAGUCUCAGAGUGUUCAGAUAGAUCCCAUGGAGCAUGUUGGCAUGGAACCACUGCAGUUUGACUACCAGGGCAACCAAGUACAAGUAGAUUCAGGAGCUGCCACUGUGGGCCUAUUUGACUACAAUUCACAGCAACAGCUAUUCCAAAGACCAAAUGCUCUGGCAGUUCAGCAGCUGACAGCUGCACAACAACAACAGUAUGCACUCGCAGCAGCGCAUCAGCCACACAUAGGUAUGUUUUCAGCAGGUUUAGCUCCAGCUGCCUUUGUUCCAAAUCCCUACAUAAUAAGUGCAGCGCCACCUGGAACAGACCCCUAUGCAGCAGGGCUGGCAGCGGCGGCAACACUUGGUCCAGCUGUUGUCCCUCACCAGUACUAUGGAGUGACGCCUUGGGGGGUGUAUCCAGCCAACCUCUUUCAGCAGCAAGCAGCAGCUGCUGCUGCAGCAAGCAACUCUGCUUCACAGCAGAAUAAUCAACAGAGUCAACAGGGCCAACAGCAGGUGCUACGUGCAGGGGGCAACCAGAGACCAUUAACACCCAACCAAAAUCAGCAGGGGCAACAAACUGACCAGCUGGUGGCAGCAGCUGCAGUGAAUUCUGCACUUGCCUUUGGACAAGGACUAGCUGCAGGAAUGCCAGGAUACCCUGUGCUUGCACCUGCUGCUUACUAUGAUCAGACAGGUGCCCUGGUUGUGAAUACUGGAGCCAGGAAUGGUUUGGGUGGGCCUGUUCGUCUAGUGGCACCAGCACCUGUUAUCAUCAGCCCUUCAGCAGCACAAGCAGCUGUUGCAGCAGCUGCUGCCUCUGCAAAUGGUCCAGGUGGUACCGCUAAUGGACCCUUUCGGCAGUUAAACUCUCAGCAGCCACAGGGCCAGCCACAGCCUCAGGGCAACCAGAAUCUAGCAUCCAGCUCAUUCUAUGGCAACAGCUCUCUGAACAGUAACUCACAGAGCAGCUCAUUGUUCUCACAGAGCUCUGGUCAGCCUGGGAACAGUUCUUUGGGAUUUGGCAGCAGCGGUUCUUUAGGAGCCACACUGAGUUCAGCUCUUGGUGGAUUUGGGACUGCAGUUGCGAAUUCCAACACUGGCAGUGGAUCUCGUCGUGACUCUCUGACUGGCAGCAGUGAUAUUUACAAAAGAACUUCUAGCAGUCUGACACCCAUAGGUCACAGCUUCUACAAUGGACUGGGCUUUUCAUCUUCUCCAGGUCCUGUGGGAAUGCCACUUCCCAGUCAGGGUCCCAAUCACUCCCAAACACCACCUCCAUCCCUGUCUUCUCAUGGGUCCUCCACCAGCCUCAAUCUUGGAGGUUUAACAAAUGGCAGUGGGCGAUAUAUUUCUGCUGCACCAGGGGCAGAGGCAAAGUACAGAAGUGCCAGCAGUGCAUCUAGCUUGUUUAGCCCAAGCAGCACUCUCUUCCCAUCCUCCCGCUUGCGCUAUGGAAUGUCAGAUGUCAUGCCCUCUGGACGAAGCAGACUACUUGAAGAUUUCAGGAACAACCGCUACCCAAAUUUACAGUUGCGAGAAAUUGCUGGCCACAUUAUGGAGUUUUCCCAAGACCAGCAUGGAUCAAGGUUUAUACAGUUAAAGCUGGAGCGAGCUACACCUGCAGAGAGACAACUGGUGUUCAACGAGAUCCUUCAAGCAGCUUAUCAACUUAUGGUGGAUGUAUUUGGGAAUUACGUCAUACAGAAAUUUUUUGAGUUUGGCAGCCUAGAACAGAAGCUUGCUCUUGCUGAACGGAUUCGUGGGCAUGUACUUUCACUGGCGCUACAAAUGUAUGGAUGUCGGGUGAUACAGAAGGCACUGGAGUUUAUUCCCCCUGAUCAGCAAGUUAUUAAUGAAAUGGUCAGAGAGUUGGAUGGUCACGUCUUGAAGUGUGUAAAGGACCAGAAUGGGAAUCAUGUGGUUCAAAAAUGCAUAGAGUGUGUACAGCCGCAGUCCCUUCAAUUCAUUAUUGAUGCCUUCAAGAGCCAGGUAUUUGCACUCUCUACGCAUCCGUAUGGCUGUCGAGUGAUCCAGCGAAUUUUGGAGCACUGCCUUCCGGAGCAGACACUGCCCAUUUUAGAAGAGUUACACCAGCACACGGAACAGCUUGUUCAGGAUCAGUAUGGUAACUACGUUAUCCAGCAUGUUUUGGAGCAUGGUCGACCGGAGGACAAAAGUAAAAUUGUUGCAGAGAUUCGUGGAAAUGUUCUAGUCCUGAGUCAGCACAAAUUUGCCAGUAAUGUAGUUGAAAAAUGUGUGACACAUGCGUCUCGUACGGAAAGAGCCAUGCUUAUAGACGAGGUGUGCACAAUGAAUGAUGGGCCUCAUAGUGCCUUAUACACCAUGAUGAAGGACCAGUACGCUAACUACGUUGUACAGAAAAUGAUCGAUGUAGCAGAACCAGCUCAGCGCAAGAUUGUUAUGCACAAGAUCCGACCACAUAUUGCCACUCUCCGUAAAUACACGUAUGGCAAGCACAUCCUGGCCAAGUUGGAGAAGUACUACAUGAAAAACGGCAUGGAUCUGGGUCCAAUGUGUGGACCCUCAAAUGGAAUCAUUUAGAGAUCUCCAUCAAAUGUAUCUCCCAAUCUCUGCACAACAUCAGGAGGGAGAAGCAUCACGCAUUAGCAAUUCUAAUUUUCAACCAACUUUGUAAAUGUCUUUAAUUUUAUUACACCCAACAUUUUUUUUAAAAAAAAAAUCAGCUUAACCCCCACUGUAAUUCUGUAUAGAAUAACUUGUACAUACCUUGUACAUGUCCUGCCCUUUACUGAAUGCACAAGUAUGCUUUCAGAGCCUAUGUGAAUAAAUUUGCUUGCUACCAACUCCAAAAAGUUAACAAAACUUUUUUUAUGCCAAAAAACAUUAUUCCCCUCCUUUUGUUUAUUUUUAACGUUCUUUCUUCAACCAGAGUUCUCCAUAUCUGUCUGUCCUUUAGAUAUACAUCUUUUUGCUUCUUUUCCCAGCAAGUUCUGUUAUAUUGUGCAGAAUCUUGGCUGUACUGAGACAGGCAUUCGCCUGCCCUUUUUAUGAAUAUUUUUUGAUUUUGAGAGACUUACUUUAGCAUGUCCACUUAAAAUUCUAAUCCCCGUACCCAUUUUUCGCUUUGUAUAAAUAUGUAGUGUAUACUUGAUAUAGAUAUUUGCAUAUAUAUAUAAAACUUUGUAGUAAUUUUUUUCUUUUAGUUUUUUUGAUGUUUAAAAUACAGAUGUAUCCUGCAGUUAGUGGACAUAAACCCUUUUGACUGUAAAAUUGUACAUUUGUAAAACCUCAGUAAUGUAAAUGUGAGUUUGAAAAUCGACAUAACCCCCCUUCCUUUUUUGGUAAGAGAAAAGGCAAAAAAAAAAAAAAAGUGAAAAAAAAGUUAGGCCAAACUGUGCAUUUUCAGAAUUCUUCUACAGAUAUUAGUUGUGAUGUUGUAAAUUGUAAAUUGUAAUUUCAGCUGGACAAAACAAAACUGCGUUAUUUUUGGUCCCCUUUUUUUAGUUUCCAUUUAAAUCUUGUUUUAUUUCUCUUUAAAAAAAAAAAUUUGGAUAAAUUAUGAAUUUACUCCACAGAAAUCUUUUAAAUCUGCCGUUUGCAAAUUAUCUUCUGAUUAUCUGUGACAUGAAACAGCCCCCUUAUACAGUUGGACAUACUGUUAGUUAUUCCUUAUUGUACAGACUAUAACGUUUUCGUUUUGCAUUUUGUCUCACUUGUAAGUUGCUGUAACAUAUUGUCCACUUAAUUCUUUCUUGUUUGAAUAUACAAAUGUAAUAGUUAAACGGUGUAUAUUUACAACAGACAUAAGAUCCUCCUCUUUUGUGUAUAUUACAAAUGAAAUUUUUCCAAGCACACUUGUCUAACCGUAUGUGUAUAAUUAAGAUUCCCCUUUUCUGUUGCCUGAAGGAGUAGAUGGUAGGCAAUAGCAAAGGGGUGUUAUUGGCCCUGUGGAUGCUUCUGAUUUAGCAAUUAUUUUUUGUACUUUGUGUAGAAUGUCUAUAAACGAUGUGUGAUCUUUAUUUUGAAAAUUACAGAUCUUUGGAAUCUC